CGAUAAUCGUGACGAUUUUAUGGAUAUUGAUAUUAUUCAACUUGUUCAACGAUUAUCUGAUCAAGUUGUUACACGUGUCUUGAUUGAUCAACCAAUUCUAGAUCCAUCCACAGUUGAUCAACCACUAACAAAUCAUGAACUAAUUCGAGAAAUUGCGACCAUCAAUUAUUUAGAUACCGCCAAUAAAAAAAUAGCAAAUUAUCGCAAUCUUGUUAUGAGCCAAGCUGCACAGUUUGAUGUAAAUGAUUGCGUUGGUGUACAAAUUCAUUCAGUUGAUAGAACUAAUACUGAUGCUAAGCUUUUACCAUGUUUAAUUACAGAGAAAUAUGAAACAGAUGAAAGGAUUAUAUUCAAACUUCCUUGCCAGUAUGGCAGAUUAGAAAGCAUGUUUUCGAUUGAUGAACUUACUAAUUUGAAAAUGGCUUGUCCAGAAGAUUUAACUCGAAUUGCUAUUAACGAUUUACCAUCUAUAACACUUAUAGAAGCCUGCAAACUCUAUGUUCGUGGUUCGAAAACUGGUCGCACGUGUGAUUGUAAAGGAAAAUGCUCUACAAAGCAUUGUCCAUGUAAAAAAAACGAAACACACUGUUCUACAAAAUGUCACUCUAAACGUGGUGGUUGUAAAAAUAUGGCUAUUUAA